GUCGAUGUGUCAGUAGUGAUGAUCUAAUCUACCACAAAAGGCAUGACCUAAUUGUAAUAAUUAACUAAUAACACAUUCAAGUGUGACGAAGCAAACGAGAGAAGCUCGAGAUCAGAAGAAGCCAUGGUCGGUCCAAGAAGACCUCAAAUCGUCCUCUUCGGUUCUUCAAUCGUUCAAUACAGCUUCAGUGAUGGUGGAUGGGGAGCCACUCUCGCUGACAUCUACUCUCGCACGGCUGACAUCAUCCUUCGCGGAUAUGCUGGUUGGAACUCCAGAUUUGCCUUGAAGGUGUUAGAUCAAGUGUUCCCAAAGGAUGCUGUAUUACAACCUUCUUUGGUGAUAGUCUAUUUCGGUGGGAAUGAUUCAAUGCCUCCUCAUCCAUCAGGCCAAGGACCUCACGUUCCUCUCUCUGAAUUCACUGAAAACAUGAGGAAGAUCGGAGAGCAUCUUUUGAGCCUUUCGGACAAGACCCGUGUCAUUUUUCUCACUCCCCCACCAAUGAAUGAGAGACAAAUCCAAGUUGUGUUUGGGGAUGCAAUGAGAGGCCGGAGUAAUGAGCUGUCUCGUCCAUACGCAGAAGCGUUGAUGAAUCUAUGUAAAGAGAUCAAUGUGAAAGGAAUCGAUCUUUGGAACGCAAUACAGCAACAAGAUGAUUGGUUAAACACUUGCUUCACUGAUGGGAUCCAUUUCACAGCCAAGGCAAGCGAGAUUGUCGUGAAGGAGAUAUUGAAGGUGGUGAGAGAAGCUGAUUGGAAACCGAGUCUUCACUGGAAGUCAUUACCGGUUGAGUUUCCAUUUGAUUUUGGUGAAGCAAGCUCCCUAAGCCUUACUGAUCUUGAGUUAACCAGAAACAAGAAGUUAGAGUCACCACCUUUUACGUCCCGCUUGUAAAACAACUUGAUCAUGGUUAUACAUUUAACACAUCUUGAACUCUGUUCUUUUAAAAAAAGCAAGGGCUAGAAACUCUGUUUUAAUUUUGUAAACAAUGAUGGUCGAUACUCAGCCAUGUAAUAGACCUACCAAGACUAUCACAUACGAGAAAGCUUCUAA